UUAUACAAAUGACCGGAAGCAAAUGUGCACAGACGUUUGAAAUUAUCAUUCACUUAAAUAACGUUAAAAUAAAUACAGCUUGGUAAAUUAAUUUAUUCUGUAAACUAGGUCGCUGUCACGCUUGCUUCAUUCAUUAAGUUCGGCUGGUUUAGAACGCAGACACAUUUUUCCGUCCAUAGAUUUACAGCGUUAACAGAAACAAAAUGGACAUUAAAUUCUGUUUACUUUUUGUCGCUCUUUGCGCUUUACUACAAAAAGCUGAAAGCAUUAAAUGUUAUGUCUGCAACAACCAACUAGAACCAAAGUGUGGCGCUACUUUGGAACUCAAGGGAUCAGAGGCCAAAAAAUACAUUGAGGAAUGUGAAGGGGAAACUGUCGCCUGCAAGAAACUAGAGUCAAAAGAUACUUACAAAGAAACUGUAUUGGUUACCAGAUCAUGCUUUAGCGCGAAUGAUACUCAAAUCCCGAGUGACUUCUUUACGUGCUCUAAAUUAUCACAGGGGAUAUCAUGCUACUGCAAAGGAGCAAGAACUGGAGAGCCUUGUAACGGAGCACCUGCCACAAUGACGUAUAUCUCAGUUACAACAACACUUCUAGCGACUAUUUUAAGUCAAUUUAUUUAGAGAUUUUUGUAUCAGAAUAAUGAAAUUCAUAUGCAUGCCUUGUAUUAAAAAAAACUUUUAAUUUUAGUUAAUUGUGAUGUUUAUUUUUAUUAAUAAAAUACGCCUUUUUGUGUAGGUUUAGAAUUCUAAAUUUUUGGCACAGUUCGAUUAUCAUAUGUUUGGUGGUGUCUUCUUUUCAAUGGAUAAACUAUUUCGUAACAAUCACCGCCAUCUUUUAUAGUCCAUAUUCGUCUAUAUUUGUCAUUGAAACUUUCUUUACUUACAGUUAUCAUAUAUUACGAAUAUACCGCCACUUUGUAUUUGUUAAUUAAUGUUUAUAAUACUCUAGAUUGAUUUAAUCAUUGCUUCAUACUGGCUUUGGUGCUCGUAUAACGUUAGUAACCGAAAAUACUGAACGACUAACGAAAAUUAAACGCGCCAACACCAUUUGUCGUAAAACAAUGACUUUACCAUAUUUUACAGAGUUAAACACGAAUUUAUGCUUUUCAACACACGAAUCUAUACUUUUCAACACACGGAUUUAUGCUUUUCAACACACGAAUUUAUGCUUUUCAACACACGAAUUUAUGCUUUUCAACAUUGUCUACACAGAGUUAGCACAGUUUGAUGUUAAUUGUUCAAUUUCUUUUUUGUGUGACGUUAUUGCUUUUAAUUUAUAUGUAGUUAUAAUUGUUUAAUAUAGUUAUUACGACAUUUUUUGGCGUGUUCCAUUCUCGGAGUCUUUCAGCAUUUUAGAGUACUUUUAACAUGGACAGUGCUUUCCAACCUACUAAAAGUAAAAGGUAUACAGGGGCUUACAAGUAGGACCCGGGCUCGACAAUGACCCAAAUAGCAACAAUAACCGGAUCUCAUUUUUUGGAGCUUUAUUAGAAAAUUAUAUUAUAUAGAGCUGAUUAUAUAUCUUCUAAUGUAGUCAUUUAUCUUCAACUUUUAAAGUGGUUAUGUUAAAUGCGGGAGACAGGGUUAUAAAGAACAGGUUUUUAUCAAGUUAUUGCAUUUUGAACUAUUGUCGAUAUUUCCAGAGGAGAAAAUAUAAUAAAAUAGAUAACUCAAA